CUCGCAGCGGCGGGAAGGAGGAAGCCGCCCGGAGUUUGGAAACUUCUCGGGACGAUGAAAGCGCAGCCCGGAGCGCGCUAAGCAGCAGGAGGCGGUGGUUCCGGUUGGGAGAUUUUUUUCGGAAGGCUGAAAACCUCAACAAAGGGCUCCUACUUUCGGUGCAGGCAGAGGACAAGGGAAGGGGCCUUAGCAUCCCCCCUCCCACAAGCACAUUCCUUCCCCAGCGAGAGCCAUCAUGGAACAGAUCAGCUCCUUUUUCCACUCAAUUGGGACUUUCAUCCACUCGAAACACCAGGAGGGCAUCUACAAUACGGUCUGCCUGGCGGUACUGAUGGGACUGCCCCUCCUUGUCCUCCUCGUCAUUCUCUUCAUCUGCUGCCAUUGUUGCUGUUGUGGACGGCAGCGAAAGGACAGCAGCAGCAUCAGUGGUGGUUCUUCCUACGGCAAGAAACGAAGGAAGAAGAAAGAAGAGGAUCUGUGGAUCUCAGCCCAGCCCAAACUGCUUCUGCAGGAAAAGAGGCCGUCCCUGCUGGUCUAGUGAGAAGGGAGGUUCGCAAGAGCUGUACCCCUUGAUUCAUAAGACUGGGAUGAUGCACUGUAAACACGAGAAGAUGUCGUGCUGGCUCUCUCCCCUUUAAGGAUGACUGACAGGUUGUUGGUUGUUGUUUUAAAGGCCUUUGGAAUGAAGGAACUAUACAAAAACUGCCACUGAAAUGUACUGGAGGGUCUCUAGCUAAGCACAUUUCUAAUUUACUCAUGUGGCAUGAAUUACCACCCAUGACUGCAUCCAGUGUUAAUCCAACAUGACUUUGUACAUACGGCACAUUUUGCCAUUAUGAAUGGGCACCUGUGCUCUUGUGCUUAAAGACCUAUAUGGGAAGGAGACCAUUUCUUCCAGCAAACAAGUCUUGCACUGACAUCUUUAUGCGUGCUGGCAAACAAAAUUGCUGCUGUGCAAACGUACAUUAGUAUGUGUCGCCUGCACAUCCAUAUGCAAAAUCAGAUCUCACACAGAUAACCAGGGGACAUUCGUGGAGGAAUAGGUCUUUUAAUAGCGACAACCACAGUAGAUAAAUGGAAACUCCCAGGUUCAGCGGUAGGAUACUUUUGACCCGCAGCUGCAAGAAAUAGGAGCUCUUGCCCUCCUUGUGGGCUUCUUGGAUGCUUGCAUCUGGCCACUGCUAAAGCAAGAAUCUUGGCUGGAUUCAGUGCCACCCACCUGUUCUUAUGUUAAUAACAAGGGCCUCUUUACUGCCCUCCCCACCCUAACAAUGGGAUGUCACAAACCCAGGGCUCAUUUCGAGAGGGAACACAUAGGAACACAGUUCCAGCAGUUCCCCAAAGAGGUCACAUGUCAGGUGGCCACGCCUGACAUGUGACGCCACCACCUGACAUGUGACGCCACCACCUGACUCUCAGCCAUUUUGGGCCCGUUUCAGCCUGGAUUCGGGCCAAAACGGCCUGGAUUGGGCCUCUGAUGGGUGGUGGAUCACUCUUCCACUCAUCAGUGGCCCGAUCCUGACCAUUUUGGGCUCCUUUUCAGCCAUUUUCAGCCCCUUUUUGCCAUUUUGGGCCCAAUUUCGGCCCUGAACGGCCAGGAUUGGGUCCAAAACAGAAUAGGUGGUGUCAGAGGGUGUGGCAUAUGCAAAUCAGUUAUAUUAAUGACACACUUCCGGUGAUGGCAAGAGGUGUGGCAUGUGCUAAUGACUUCCUCCAGCUCUUUUCCUACGAAAUGACCCCUGCACAAACCUAUGACAAGAUCUUUUCAGCAGAUCUCUGUAAUCAGGGCUUUCUGUAUUCUGCUAUUGCAGCACAGAAUUCACCGAAGUGAGAAUCCAGCUUUCGUUUUUAAAAACACUCUAGACCUUGAGGCUGCCACAGAUCUAUGGGCAAUGUAUGAUGAAAUCUUACCAGAAGGAGGGAGGAAUUGAGCAGGAAGAUUGCUGGUUAGAAGGUGGGCUUGGUGGUUGUCUCCCCCCUCCCGCCACCCCACUCUGUGGCUACCAGAAGGUAAACCUCCAUGAAUAAUUUGUUACCCCAUAUAAAUUAAAUGGUCCCUUACCAAUACAAUCCUUUUUGUUACUCCCUCCCUUUAUACCUUAAGGCCUUUCCAGUCACAGGGCAUAGUUAAACAUGCUUCAGCCCCACUGCUCUGUGUGGGAUGGUGCAUGGUUCAGUCUUUCCCAUUGGAAUCGAUGGGACAUAAAAGAUGGUUGCUUCAGCUGCCGUGUACCUAUAAUAGUAUUUACAGGGGGGAUAGUUGGUUAUCCCAUUAAGCACUCAAACGGCUAUUCCUCCAGCUAACGCACCUGCUUCUAGCAGCUGUUUGCUAUCCUUAAACCACAAUAUUUAGUUGCUAGAAAAAUCUUGUUUUUCUCCACCAUGACAGUUGUUGCAGUAAUUACUGUGGUGUGGUUCAUGGGUGCACCUGUUAGCUGGUGCCUGUGAUAUUGCUGUGGUCAGAGGAAGAAGAUUCCUUUGUCUGCUUGCUUAAGACCAUGAAAGGCCCUCGAAUUUGCUGUUUACUCCUCCCUCUUCGUUUUCCUUUCCUCUCUGUGGACUCCCAUUUCCAUUUCAAUCGUAAUACCAACCUUUCUUUCCUCCCUCCCUUGAACCAAUUGCCUUCAACAGGCAAGGCCCAGAGCGUGCCUUUAAGCCUGUCUCGGCCCACCUCCAGUUCCCUAAGUUAUGCAAUUGAGGCUGCAACCAUUUGCACACCUUCAUGGAAGUAUGGCCCACUGAAACCAGUGAGCCUUGCCCUCUAAAUAAAUAGGAACAGGACAGGGCUAAGGAACUCAUUAAUAUGGACCGUUAUAGUGAUCCUAGAAUCAUUGUGUUGGAAGGGACCUCUAGGGUGAUCUAGUCCAACCCCCUGCACAAUGCAGGAAAUUCACAGAUACCCCGCGACUGCCCCAGUGACCCCUGCUCCAUGCCCAGAAGAUGGUGAAACACCUCCAGGAUCCCUAGCCAAAACAGCCUGUGGAAAACCACCACCUGACCCCAAGCUGGCAAUCGGCACCACCCUGGGCUUGUAGGAAGGGCCACGAAAACCAAGCACGUACCAUUUUAUAAUUCACGAACUUGGGAGAAAUUCCACUGUGGAGCCACCGAGCUAUCCCUCACAAUGCAGUUGCUUGUGUUGCUAAGCAGCCCACAUGUUGAAGUGUGCGGAGGCUUCGGCAGUGGUCUGUGUGGCUGGCUUUUACAUUUCACCACUGUUUGUCUUGCACUUUGCUUUCCAGUCUGCAUUCUAGGAUUGCUUUUUUUAAUUGCACAGUUUAUGCAAAAAGGGGGAAGGGAGGGGACAUGUUAUUUAAAAAAUAAAUUUUUAUUUUAAUGAAA